UUUGACUUUGUGCGCGUGAACUCAACGGAGGAGUGUUUUUGCGUUAACGAUGGCCGCCUCGAUGAUGAUAAUGUACGAGGACGAAUCUGUGGAUAUUCCCUACGAAAACGGCACGCAGCUCCAACUUUCGCCGUGUGGUAGCGAGUUCGUGCUGGUGAAAGCUGCGCUCCCCACUGGACAUCCGCUCCAGACUCCCGUGAGAGUGCGACAGAGGACACGGUUCACCAUCAGCGCUUAUAAAGAGUUGAUCAUCGCUGCACUGGCAUUCAGGAAUAAGUACGCCAGUCGGCCAUAUCUGCCAGAGGAACUCACUUCUCCUGGUCACAAACAGCCUUUGUUUAGUAUUCACUUGGAAGUGCAGUGGCCCAGAUGGUCCUCCUGUGAGGCAGAGUUCGGACCUGGAGGUGAGACCAUCAUCCAAUCAGAGGACAAACGCGCUAUUGUGACGCUGUCACCCUCGGGCCAAGAGUUCUUUGUGGAGUAUGGCUGCAGGUUCAGCCAAAAUCUCCAACAGCAGCCACAAGAUUGGAACAGAGACCCUGAACGCAUCCCAGACAGUCAAGAGCAGCAUGCGAGCAGCUCGACACAUUUGACUGUCGUUGAGCUUCAUCAGGCGGGAGGGGAAAAGUCAUCUUCUGCUCCAGUCAUCGCUGAUGAGGCGAAGCCGGAGGAGAAGUACCAGUCUACCACACUUGUCCAGCAUCACUCCUGUCUUGCAGUCGCAGCACCUUGGUGCUACCCUGUCUCCUUGGCUCGCCGUCACUGGGCAGCUCGUCUCUCCAACCCUGGUGAUGGAGAAGAGCCAAGCAGACAUCCAAAGGCUGACCAAAUUCUAAAUCCAUCAGACUUGGGUAUCGAAGAGAGAAAGUUUCUCCUUCCUCAAGCGCUGCCUCUCAUCUGCCCAUCCCCUCACUUUCACAGCUGGAAGUUUCAAGACCUUGUCGCCAAAAGCCACCCAGAUCAAGUCUCUCCAACAGAACUGGUGAAAGUGAUGUGGCACCAAGGGGUGACAUACAGGAUACUGGAUCAAGAUGUCUCGGUCAUCGAGGUUUCUCCAGGGGAUGGGUCUGUCAUCCGAUCUAAUGGAGUUCUCAACACGUACUUUACUCAUUAUAAGCCCGAGUGCCAAUCAUUGCAGCCAAAUGUCAAAGAGAUAACAUAUCAUGUAAGUGGCCUUCCACCAGACAUACCUGGGCAGUUGUACUCUAUUUGCUCAGUUGUGACUUGUGCAAGCAGGCUUCUCGCCAGAUACGACAGGGCCAAAAAACUGAGGCUCCCCACUGCAACCAGCUGCUUGCUACAGCAAAAUAUAUUCUUCAAACCAACAAUGGUUGAGGGAAACCUGUCCAAUCCUUCUCCUCUGGGACAGCAUGAGAUUGAUAGACAGACAGUAGAAAGUCGGUCAGAUGUGGUUGCUGCAGAGCUUGCAAAGAUACAGCGAUACAACUUUGUUUUAGAAAACAGUAACGUGUUAAGGGAGAAAGGAUGUGCACAAAAUGGUUUGGCUGGAGUCACUUAUGAGAAAGUGAGUGAAGGCAGCAUUGCAGAAGCUCUUCAGAGGACGUCCAAAGCCAUACGGGAUAUCGAUGCGUUCUUAACUGCAGCCAAGCAGACGUGAAGAACGAUGGCAUAUUUUGAAGAAGGCUGACAUAUUUUGAUUGCUGGGAAUUUUGGGAAGAUAUUUUGUGCAUGUGACUCAAAUAAAUACAAUAAAGUAUGAUCUG